AUGGAGGACUGGCUCUUCUACACGCUCACCACGCUCCUCUGCCUCCUCUGUUCGCUCCUGCUACGUGCCCGCGCCCCAGGCAGCAAGGCCCGCCAUGCCGACUCCUCCUCCGCGAUCCCGCCCCUGCCCCCGGGCCCGACGCCGCUGCCGGUGCUGGGCCCGCUGCUCUUCCUCGCGCGCCGCGACUUCGACAUCGAGCCCGUCCUCCGUCGCAUCGCGCGGGACUACGGCAAGGUCUUCACCUUCAGCGCCCGCUGGGCGGCGCGCGCCCGGGCAUCUUCGUGGCCGAUCCGCGCCAUGGCGCAGCGCAGCAGCGCUUCGUGCAGCGCUGGCGCCGCGCGUUCGCCUCGCGCCUGCCCUCCACAGACUCCAGCGCCGUGCUCUCACCAGCGGCGGCCGCAGCGUCGGCUUCUCUCCCCACGGCGCCACGUGGCGCGCGCUGCAUGA